AUGGAUUUAAAAAUAGAUUCUACUAUUACUUUGAACGAUGGAAACAAAAUUCCAGCACCAAGUGGUAAAACCACACAGCAAGCAAUUUUAUGGGCUUUAGAGGGCUAUGAAUCGACUCUUAAAGCCGCAGAAACAUCAUUGGAAAAGCUUCAGACUGGGUAUAUUGAUCUGCUAAUUUUACAUUCUCCUUUGCCCGGUCCUGAAAAACGAGCAGAAAGUUAUAAAGCUCUACAAGAAUUGGUUAAACGAGGAUUAGUAAAAAGUAUUGGAGUUUCAAAUUAUGGAGUAAAACAUUUAAAAGAAUUAUUAGAUAGUAAUCCAGAGAUUAAACCUACGUUAAACCAGGUUGAGAUUCAUCCAUGGUUAGCUCGAAGUGACAUUGUAUCCUUUUGCAAUGAACACAAUAUUGUCGUUGAAGCUUAUUCACCACUUACCAGAGGACAAAAACUCAAUGAUCCUACUCUUGUUCGUAUUGCUAAGGAAUACGGGAAAACGCCAGCACAAAUUUUGAUUCGAUGGGGCCUUCAACAUAAUUAUGUGACAUUACCAAAAAGUGUCAGUAAGGAACGUAUCAUUGAGAAUGCAAAUGUUUUCGACUUUAAAAUCAAACAAGAUGAUAUGGAAACCCUUGAUAGUCUGGAUGAAUACCUUGUUGUUUGUAUGUUUUCUCUUUUUAAUCAGUCUGUCAUUAAUGUUUGUUUAUUAUAG